CUCGAAAAAUGUGUCAACAAUGAAUGCAACAAUGGCGCCACUCACAACGACUAUAUCGCCACUAUAUGAAGAACAUGAUGAUCCAUACAUCAACUACAGUUUGUGCUACACACCAUUGCAUGACGAAACAUAUAAAACGUUCUCCGUGAUUCUCAAUGGAUACAUAACAACCGGUGUCAUAUUGUUCGGAACGAUCGGAAAUCUGAAUGGUGUCAAAAGUGUGCAUGUCACCUCGUUGGACAAGAACCGCGGAGUGGUUUUGGCAGUUUCCAUGCUGGCGCUGGCCUUCUGGGAUACUGUACUCUUGUGGUCCGCGUUUUUCUACUACGGUGCAAAGAAGUUGAACGUGUUGAACAAUCUUUAUCUGGAUCGGCUCAACACAAUUAUUCCAUACUUUCAUGCACUGUCACACGUGGCAAAUACUGCAUCGAUAUGGUGUGUUGUUGCAAUAACGAUACAAAGAUUCAUGGCCACCAGAGAUCCCUUCCGAACUUCUCGAACAACGGUGAUAGUUCAAUCAUUUCGAACUGAACGACGAAUAUCAUUCAUAUACUGUGCAACAUAUCGGAGGCUAUUCAAAAUGCCACUCUAUGUAUCCUUAUGUGCUCUGCUGUUCAAUCUCCCGGCAUUUUUCGAGAUCCGAAGCAAGUCUUGUUUCAACAGGGAUACCAAUGAAACAUUGGUGACUCUAAGUCCAACAAGGCUUCGAACAAAUCCAUACUUUACUGUGUACCGAGUCUGCUCGAGAAUGCUUAUGGUAUCAGUUGGGCCGAAUAUUCUGAUAGUGUGCAUUAGUGCACUGACGCUUUGGUUCCUCAGGGGAUCGAAUCGAUCGCGACGGCAAUUGUUCCAAAUGACGGAUAACCUAUUAGAACGAUAUGCUUCACGGGAAAGUAUGAACACUAUGAUUUCUGUGAUGCUUGUGGUGAAGUUCAUAUUAUUCCGAAGCUUGACAUUCUUCUUGGACAUAAUGGAAGUCACAGUUGUCAUGAUGGAUAACUAUUAUAUUAUUGAUAUUAGUAAUAUCUUGAUCCUGGUGAAUUCUGCGACGAAUUGUCUGAUCUACCUUAAAGCGACCGAAUGGCUGAAUUCCCGGUUUGUAGAACGGAAAACUAUCAAGCGAAAGAAGACUAUAUGUGAUUCUGGACAACUUCUCGGAGACAGGUUGUCCAUUUUGAAGUCAUCUUGGGAAAAAGCGAACGAGAUGACAAAUGGAGAAAUUGGAGUGAGAGUCGCGUGGAACAUGGUUCGGAAACAUCCGAAUUUGUGUAAAAACGAUGAACCCGAAAAAGUCUCCCUUCUAAACGGUUCAUGUAAACGUAGUAUCGAUCAUGCCAAGUUUCAAGAGAUCGGAGGUCGAAUCACCUCCUUCAUAUCAGAGCUGCUUGAGCUCAUGCAAAAUAAUCAACCAGAAAGCUAUAUUGUUAUGAGAAUCCGUCGUGUCGGUGCGGUGCAUUAUGAUAAGGGAAUUGUGUUCACAUCGUCCGUUUGGAAAGAAUUCAAGCACACAAUUCAGACGAUCAUAUCAGAAGUUCAAUUCUCGUCACCACAGGAACGAGAAGCUGCUCUCGACGCAUGGAACAUCUUCAUCUCAUUCAUAAUACGAGAGAUGAAAAUGGGAAUUUGGGCAAUUGGUGACACAAUUGGUCAAAUGCCAUGACUUUUUCCUAGAUCUCGCUUGGUUUUCUUUUUUGCUUCAAAAAACUUGUAUACUUCCUUGUAAUUCUCCUCACAUGUUUAGUCAUUUAUUUGUUUCUUUUUUGCCUUAUCAGCUUUUUGUACUUUUGCGCUAUUCCGUCACUCACCAAAACUGAUCCCUUUUUUACGAGUAUGUGCCAUACCGAACCCCGACGCCAUAUAAUAAAGCAUUAUUUGUUUUAAAAAAU